CCUCCGCGGGCAGCGGCGGCGGCGGCGGAGGCGGCCGGGCUGGGUCCGAGCAUCCCGCGGCGGCGGACCUCCGGGCCGGGACAUGGCGACCGUCCGCGCCUCUCCGCUCGCCGCGCUGCCGCUUCUCCUGGCCGUGGCGGGGGUCGCGGAGGUGGCGGGGGGCCUGGCCCCGGGCAGUGCGGGUGCAUUGUGUUGUGAUCAUUCCAAGGAUAACCAAAUGUGCCAUGAUGUUUGUGAACAGAUAUUCUCCUCAAAAAGUGAAUCCCGACUAAAACAUCUGUUGCAGCGAGCCCCAGAUUAUUGCCCUGAAACAAUGGUUGAAAUUUGGAGUUGUAUGAAUUCAUCUUUGCCAGGUGUAUUUAAGAAAUCUGAUGGCUGGGUUGGCUUAGGCUGCUGUGAACUGGCUAUUACCUUGGAGUGUCGACAGGCUUGCAAGCAGGCAUCUUCAAAAAAUGAUAUUUCCAAAGUUUGCAGAAAAGAAUAUGAGAAUGCUCUUUUCAGUUGCAUUAGCAGAAAUGAAAUGGGCUCAGUGUGUUGCAGCUAUGCAGGCCAUCACACAAACUGCCGAGAAUACUGUCAAGCCAUUUUUCGAACAGACUCUUCUCCUGGCCCAUCUCAGAUCAAAGCAGUGGAAAAUUAUUGUGCCUCUAUUAGUCCACAAUUAAUACACUGUGUGAACAAUUAUACCCAAUCUUACCCAAUGAGGAACCCAACAGAUAGUUUAUAUUGCUGUGACAGAGCUGAAGACCAUGCUUGCCAAAGUGCCUGCAAGAGAAUUCUAAUGUCUAAGAAAACGGAAAUGGAGAUUGUUGACGGCCUCAUCGAGGGUUGUAAGACCCAGCCCUUGCCUCAGGAUCCUCUUUGGCAGUGUUUUCUUGAAAGCUCACAGUCUGUUCACCCUGGGGUCACUCUGCACCCUCCUCCUUCUACAGGCCUUGAUGGGGCUAAAUUGCAUUGUUGUUCUAAAGCAAACACUUCAACAUGUAGGGAACUGUGCACUAAACUUUAUAGUAUGAGCUGGGGCAAUACACAGAGUUGGCAAGAGUUUGAUCGCUUUUGUGAAUAUAAUCCGGUGGAAGUGUCCAUGUUGACCUGUUUAGCAGAUGUUCGGGAACCUUGCCAGUUGGGCUGUAGAAACCUUACUUACUGUACUAAUUUUAACAACAGGCCAACAGAGCUUUUCAGGAGUUGUAAUGCUCAGUCAGAUCAAGGAGCCAUGAAUGACAUGAAGCUAUGGGAAAAAGGAAGCAUAAAGAUGCCAUUUAUCAACAUACCUGUUCUUGACAUUAAAAAGUGCCAGCCAGAAAUGUGGAAAGCAAUAGCUUGCUCCCUGCAGAUUAAACCUUGUCAUAGUAAAUCCCGAGGGAGUAUUAUUUGCAAAUCAGACUGUGUGGAAAUUCUCAAGAAAUGUGGGGACCAGAACAAAUUCCCUGAAGACCAUACAGCUGAAAGUAUUUGUGAGCUUCUGUCACCUACAGAUGACCUGGAGAGUUGUAUACCUUUGGAUACAUACCUCAGGCCAAGCACUUUAGGUAACAUUGUAGAAGAGGUGACUCAUCCCUGUAACCCCAAUCCUUGCCCUGCUAAUGAGCUCUGUGAGGUGAACCGGAAAGGGUGUCCAUCUGGAGAUCCCUGCCUCCCAUACUCUUGUGUUCAAGGUUGCAAAUUGGGAGAAGCCUCUGAUUUCAUCGUCCGUCAAGGGACACUAAUCCAGGUGCCAUCGUCUGCAGGCUCAGAAGUUGGCUGUUAUAAAAUUUGCUCCUGUGGACAUACUGGGCUCUUAGAAAACUGCAUGGAGAUGCACUGUAUAGACCUUCAGAAGUCUUGUAUUGUUGGAGGAAAAAGAAAAAGUCAUGGGACAUCCUUUAAUAUCGACUGCAAUGUUUGUUCUUGUUUCGCUGGCAAUUUGGUGUGCUCUACCCGCCUGUGCCUCAGUGAGCACAGUUCAGAAGAUGACCGCCGCACCUUCACAGGACUGCCCUGUAAUUGCGCCGACCAGUUCGUCCCUGUGUGUGGGCAGAAUGGACGCACCUACCCCAGUGCCUGCAUUGCUCGCUGUGUGGGCCUCCAAGACCAGCAGUUUGAGUUCGGGUCAUGCAUCUCAAAGGACCCCUGUAAUCCUAACCCCUGCCCCAAAAACCAAAGAUGCAUACCCAAGCCACAAGUCUGCCUGACGACUUUUGACAAAUUUGGGUGCAGCCAGUUCGAGUGUUUGCCACGACAGCUCACCUGCGACCAGGUCCGAGAUCCUGUUUGUGACACAAACCACAUGGAGCACAGCAAUCUCUGCACUUUGUACCAGCGAGGGAAGAGCCUCUUGUACAAAGGCCCGUGCCAGCCCUUCUGCAGAGCCACGGAGCCCGUCUGCGGGCACAACGGGGAGACCUACCGCAGCGUGUGCGCAGCCUACUCGGACCGCGUGGCUGUGGACUACCACGGGCCCUGCCAGGCCGUCGGCGUCCUCUCCGAGCACGGUUCUGCCACCGAGUGUGCUGCCGUGAGGUGUCCUUCGCUCUCCGCAGCUGAGUGCAAACCCAUCGUCCCACCCGGUGCUUGUUGCCCACUGUGUGCUGGGAUGCUAAGAGUUUUGUUUGACAAAGAAAAACUGGAUACAAUUGCCAAGGUAACGAACAAAAAGCCGAUAACCGUUCUGGACAUACUUGAGAAAAUCCGCAUGCAUGUGUCCGUCCCACAGUGUGACGUAUUUGGGUACUUCAGCAUCGAAUCCGAAAUAGUGAUCCUGAUCAUUCCUGUCGAUCAUUCUCCAAAAGCUCUGCAGAUUGAGGCCUGCAAUAAAGAAGCCGAGAAGAUCGAAUCCCUGAUCAACUCCGACAGCCCUACGCUGGCCUCCCACGUCCCCCUCUCUGCCCUCAUCAUUUCCCAGGUGCAGGUCUCCAGCAGCCUGCCAUCGGCGGGCGUCCAGGCCGGAGCCCCCUGCCACUCCUGCCUCUUCCUCCUCACCCUGGGCUUCGCCCGGCACGUAGUCUAGGCCCAUAGCUGACCGCCCAUGGGACGUGCAGAAUGUUCCUCAGUCUGCCUUCCUAAUGCAGCUUCGAAGCUGGAGAGUGGCCAGGUCAAAGCAUUCGUCACCUCUGUUCACCACACAGUAUUUUUUUUUAAUCUGCCAACAUUAGUAGGGGUUUUGUUUUGUUUUUAUAAAUGUUAAAAAUUUCCCUCCAAAUACUAAUGAAAAGAGGAUGUUUCUUCUGGGGGGUCACUGCCUGCCAGUUCACAGGUUGCUCCUUAGGUGGGUCCCUCCCUCUAAAACAUGUUCCAUGUCACUGAUGAAUGAGAUGAUCACUUUUUAGAAAGAUAACUCACUCGGCUGUGGGCUUUGUGUCGCAGGAACUUCAUUUUAGAGUUCCUGUGAGUGUUAAGGGGCCCCCAGUGUUUGUGUGUGUGUUUACAGACAAUUCCCUGCUCAGUGAAGAGCCCUUACAUUACAGUAUGAAAUGGAGAUGAAGCAUCUUUGGAACUAUCGUGUAGGUCAUCAGGCAGCCUUAUUUCCAGCUUUAACUUAGGAACCCCUCUAUUGCAAUAAGCGAAAGCAAGCUAACUAACUACAAUAGAACUCACCGUCUCAGUGGUUACAAGCGUGAGUCUGUGACUUUGAUGAAAGGGAGAAGUUCUAUUGCAUCAAAGCAUCUUGCAUUGUGCAUCUUCAUGUUAACCAGAUGUAUGUUCUUCAGUAUUCAUCGAGGUAAGUUUAGAGUUUUUAAACAUCGACCUUUAAACCAAUUGCUGCUACUUGAGUGAUUGCCAAAAAUGAAAUAAUUAGUAGUUCAUGUAAAUAAUACAUGAUCUUCCUAUUUUAUUAUGAAGAAGGUGAAUAGCCAUAUUUGUAAAGUGACAAUCAUGUGUAUUGACCCAGUACUUUCCGUUUUGAAGACACGUUUGCGUUUGUGGCAUGCACAAUGUAGAUAUGUGUUCUGUCUGACUUUCUUUUCUGAUAUAAAGUUAUAAAGAAUUAUGGUUUAUAUAUUUAAAAUGUCAAUCUAAAUGUUAAAAUGUUUGCAUGUUGUCUAAUAAGGUGAAUACUUUGAAUGUGUUUCACAGUUUGAAAUAAGCUAUUCAGUGUAAUACUUUUUUGUAUGCACAUAAACUUAGAUUUUACAUGAAGUAUUUUUCAGUAUUAUAUGUACCCUCUGAAAUAUAUGAGGAUAUGCUUAUUAUACCAAAAUGUUGUUUAAAAGUGGGCACUUAAGCUUUCAGGAUAUCUCAAUGCCAAUGUAGCAUGUUCGUUGCAAUUGCUUUUUCUACAUAAAUGUCUUCAAUGCAAUAUAUUGGAAAACUUUUAUAUUUUAAUUAAAAAUGAUUUUAUAUGGUU